AAUGUCUGCAACUUGCGAAACGAGUCAAAAGUUCACGAUCGAGACGACCGCCAGACUGGGUCUGAGUUGUUGGGCUGGCUCACUGAGUAAACAUGGGCUGGCUAAGGAUGGCCUUUAGGGUCCGUCAUGUUUUCGAUUUGGUUACCACAACAAGUGCGUUAGUGUAAACGGAUGGCGCGCAAGGUGUGUAUAUAAGUGGCCCAGAUAGCACCGAGCUACGGCUCUUAGUUCCUAGUAAGCCGUGCGCCAGUAACACCACAAUGAGUGUAGGUAGUUUAGGGGUACUAGUGGCCCUUCUGGUCCGACCGUGGACCGUGCGUGCCGGUGUCCCACCGGCCAUCGCUUUAGAUAAUCAUUUCACGUACAUAGUGCUCGGUGGCGAUCAUGUGGCCGAAAGUGUCGGGCGAUACCUCUCCGCAAAGGAUUCCAAUAAAACGGUGCUAGUGUUGAAGGGAAACCGAUGUAACGAUGUCCUGGAACCGUCCGAACCUUCGAGACAGUGGCUAGAGGUGUCGUAUCUGUUCGCGGAAAGUGCCCACUAUCUGGGGUACGAGUUUAUCGAUCCGUUUCUGCACGGCUCGAAACCGGGCAUUGCGUUCACGAACCAGUCGGAGGGAUUCCUUUUUCCCCGGCAGCAGCUGUACGCCGUCGAUCCGAAUCUGAAGAUGCUGACCGAUGCGCGACCGCAGAGAAUUAUCUACAACAAAGCUUCCGCGACGAUUUUAGGGGUGGAAGUGAGCAUCAACUUCGAGACGCAUUACAUUUUUGCCCGCGAGGAACUGAUAAUCGCUGGAAGGUGCACCGAAGACUAUCAACUGCUAUCGAGUGCUCAAGUCAUGUCGAAGGGCGCACUGCAGAAGAUGCUCCAUGCGGUUCCCUUACAGAUUGCGCUGAAAAGUCCGAUCGUUGCCCCAGCCUUCGCACUCAAUGCACCCGAUCCACAAGAUUACCCGCCACCAUCCAAGCAACCCUAUUACCUCCUGGCGACGGAGCUGUUCAUUGAAACGCUUUCGAAGGACAGCACCGAUCGUAAGCGCGCUGCGGAAGGCAUCCAGCCGAACGCCAAGGUGAACAUUGUACUGAAAGAACAGCCGCCGAAUCGGUGGAUCGGGUUCAAUCCGUCCGUCAUCUACCCAGAAGGCGCCAGCGAGUUGUCCGAUCCCGCCACCCUGCUGGCGGUCCUGAUGGACACUGUCGAGCUGUGUCUGAAGCUUGGGACGAGUGAAACGUUCCAAAAACUAGGCCUAACGAUGCAGAAGCUCCCACAGCACCCUGAGUGUCCAGCGGAUCCACCAAACAGCUUACUAUGUUUUGUAAACCGUACGCUGACCACGCCGGCGUACGGUAGCGACGAGGAAACCUCAGUCACCGUUCCGAUGGGAAGUCUUACAGAAGAUUUCCGGUUGAAGGGGGCCCGUAAGCUCCGUCUGCUGCCGUUCGGUUUAUCGUCGCCCUUCCUGGAUCGCUGGUGGAAGCGGGUGUUUUCUUAUAGGAGCCGGGCGCGGGAGUACACAACUCGAACCGGAGUCAUUGCAGGCCAGGAAACGCCAGGUCUCAGCAAACCACCGAUGGAGACGCUGUUGGAAAAACUGAAAGAACGUUUAAAGUACGUUAGCAAUAUGGCGCGCUAUCAAUAG